GCACCAUGCCAUUUAAAUCAGAAAGGAAGAAGGAAAGUUUGCGCUGAUAAACUAUGAAAACGAAACUAAUCGGGAAAACUCCCGUGCUAAGGUCUAUCAUUACACACUCGGACGCUACCAAUUGGACUGUCUUCUCAUCCGAACUACAUUUCCCAAUGUCCUUUGGUGGAUCUUGAGGGGUUCCCGGAAGUUAUUCCUAGAAUUCGUCUAUGUCAUAGAGAUCCGGUGUCCUCUAUGUGGAAUGAAACCUGAAUUGAUUUCUCCAAAUUCCACUCUUUGACUAGCUACCAUGGCCACAGCCUCAAGGAAGUCUGUUUUGCAUUUGGCAACUUUCAUCAGGAAGCAUUUGCUAACUGCUCCUGUAUUUGCAGAUGCAGCCAUAUUUCAUGCCUGUUCCAAAUCUACAUAUACACCACUUCCUGAUGACUAUAAUUGCAAAGUUGAACUUGCUAUGACAUCAGAUGGAAAGACAAUUGUUUUUUAUCACCCUUCAGUGGACAUUCCAUAUGAACACACAAAACCCAUUCCACAACUAGACCCUGUAACCUAUAAAGAAGAAACACAUGAACAAGUCCUGAAAUCUAAAUUAGAAGACGAGAAAGACUACAAGAAGGAGCCCACAAUUGAGACACUUAGUAAAAUGUUUUACACAACCAAACAUCGCUGGUAUCCUGUUGGACAGUAUCACAGUAGACGCAGGAAAACCAAUACUCCCAAAGACAGAUGAAAUUACAUUUGUCUUUAUCAUCAUGGAAAACUUCCUUUAGAUUCAUUCAUUCAUUCAUUUCUAACUAAAUUUCUCUAGAUAAUUUGUAGAAUCUAGGGAUUCUGAUUUAUAUGCAAAAUAGAAGUUUCAUUCCCAAAUAUUGCUAGCUGAGAUGAAUUGGUAUGUGAACCACCAGAGGGCACUAUUGUACAAGAAUUCAGAUUUACUACACUUUUUUUGGGGGGGGGGGAGAAAUCUGUGGGUGUGGGCAUGUCAGAGAAUAUGUUAAUAAUAUGCAGCCAAAACAGAAUAAAAACUAAAUAAUAAACUUUAUGAAAAGUACCCGAGGACCUUUGCUUCUUGUUACCUCCAUUGAAAAUUAAUUUUGUAUCCCUAUAAAAAUAAUGAGCAGAGUUUCUAUUCCAGAAACGUCUGUAAGAUUGUCAGAAUCAAAGUGACAAAAAAACAAAUGUACAGUAUAAAUGUAGCCUGCUAUGGGCCACACAUAGGAUUUGGUUCUCACACUGUAAAAACUAAUGCAAAUUAAAAGAAUAGAAAGAAAGUAGAAGUGCCGAAAAGAAAGAAAAGAAAAUAGAAAAAUAAGGAUAAAAAAAUAAAUAAUUUAUUAACUUACUAUCUCUUAAAAUACAAAUGAUCUCUUUCCAUAUCCCAUCCCUUAUCUAUAUACAAAUCCAUAAAACACCUCAAAAGUCCUUUUUUGACAGUAUUAAUAUCAGAAUCCUUUUUUCCCCAAAGAAAUAUCUUCAAUAUGUCCAAUGUUAGAAUAUUUUGUUCCAUUCUGUAAUUUUACAGUCAAGUUCAUGUCUUCUUGUCUUUGCAUUAUAAUCUUUGAGUUUCAUUGUGUCCAGUUUUUAAAAUCUCAUUCUAUUUUUUUAAUCAGACAUUUUUCCACAGGAAGAGUUCUUUAUAAUUUCAAAAUAUUAUUUCAAAUUCAUCUAGACCCUUAGUCCAUUUGUAACUUUCUAAAAUCAAAUUUUAAUUACCUUUUCCCUGCUUAUUCCAAAAAAUCUUUUGUAAAUUCUCAAAUUAGUAGUUAAAACUUUAUUUUGCUAAGGGUUGAAGGGAAACUCAUUGCAUGCUGUCAAAAUUAUCAAUAGAAAGAUUUCUAAUAGUUGAAAACUUAUUUGAGCCUUAUCGUAGCUUAUUCCAUGAUUAACCAAACUAUGGCUAAAUGAGAGGCAAACCCAACCUGAAAGCCAGAUGAAGGACUGAAAAAUACUUUAUUAGAAGCACAGGAAACAAUGUUAUUAGCAUUGUAGUUUUUAAUAAGAUAAGAAUCAGAUAAAUACCGGUAUAUUUUGUGAAAAUAUUCCACAAGGGUCAACACUGGAAGGGAAAAAAAGAAAGCAUUAUAUUGCUUUUAUAUGGAACUGGCCUGCAAAUUCUUAUGGUGAUUAUAAAACUAUGGAAGCUUGAGAUUAGCUAUGCAGAUUUAUUUUGGAGGAAUUAGGAUGUUCAGCUCAUGUUUAUUUCUAAGCCCAAUGUAGUGUCAGCAUACUAUGAAAAUGUGAAAUGCCCCAAGUGCUCCCCCUUAAAUGUAUAGAUAAUUCUCGACUUAUGAUCACAAUCGAG